AUGACAGAAUUUGACAUCGACACAAUCUUACAAAAACUCACUUUAGAAGAAAAAAUCAGUCUUUUAGCCGGUAUUGAUUUCUGGCACACCAAGCCACUCCACCAACACGGUAUCAAAUCCUUACGAUUCUCCGACGGGCCUAAUGGAUUACGUGGAACUCGUUUCUUCAACUCCAUCCCCGCCGCUUGUUUCCCUUGUGGAACUGGAUUAGCUGCUACUUUUGACAAAACCCUCUUGGAAAAAACCGGGGAAUUAAUGGGUGAGGAAGCAUAUCAUAAAGGAGUGCAUGUCAUUUUGGGUCCUACCAUGAACAUCCAAAGGGGUCCAUUAGGUGGUAGGGGUUUCGAGUCAUUUUCGGAAGAUCCAUAUUUGACCGGGAAAGUUGCUGGUUCGAUCAUUAAAGGGAUUGAGAAUAAGGGGAUUGCUGCUACUCCAAAACAUUUUGUUUGUAAUGAUUUGGAACAUGAAAGGAAUGCCAGCGAUUCGAGGGUUAGUGAACGUGCAUUGAGAGAGAUUUAUUUGGAACCAUUUAGGAUUGCUUUGGAAGAGGGGAAUCCUCAUGCUUUGAUGACGGGGUAUAAUAAAGUGAAUGGGGAACAUUGUUCUCAAAAUAAGAGGCUUUUGGAAGAUAUUGUUAGAAAAGAAUGGGGUUGGAAUGGUACAGUUAUGUCAGAUUGGUGGGGGACUUAUACUACCAAGAAUGCCAUUGAAAAUGGAUUAGAUAUUGAAAUGCCAGGUCCAACUCUUUUUAGAAGAGUUGAUACUGUUUCUCAUAUGGUCAAAACUAAAGAAUUAAACAUUCAAGAUCUUGACGCUAGAGUUCGUAAUGUCUUAAAAUUGGUCGAAUACGCAAAGAAGAAUGGUAUUCCUGAAAAAGGCGAAGAAAACACCACCAACAACACUCCAGAAACUUCAGCAUUCUUAAGAAAAUUAGCUCAAGAUACAAUUGUCCUUCUUAAGAAUGAAAACAAUUUAUUACCAUUAUCCAAAUCCGAUUCCAUUGCUGUCAUUGGUCCCAAUGCCAAAAUCGCCGCUUAUUGCGGUGGUGGAUCCGCAUCCUUGAGAGCGUAUUAUACCACUACCCCCUAUGAUUCAAUUGCUGCCAAACUUGACUCCGCUCCAAAAUAUACCGUGGGUGCAUAUGCUCAUAACUUAUUACCUGGCAUGGCACCACAAUUAAUCAACCCUAAGACCAAAUCCAAGGGAUACAAUCUUAAAUUUUAUCUCGAACCUCCAGGAACUGCCAAUAGAACUUUAAUCGAUGAAUAUGAUCUCGAUCUUUCAUAUCUCCAUUUUCCCGAUUUUUAUAAUCCAAAAGUCAAGGAUGAUUUAUUCUAUAUUGAUUUCGAAGGUGAAUUUACUCCAGAUGCUGAUGGUGAUUAUGAAUUCGGGGUGGCUGUUGUUGGAACUGCUCAGCUCUUCAUUGAUGGGAAAUUAAUCGUUGAUAAUAAGACCAAACAACGUUUCGGUAAUACUUUUUUCAAUUCCGGUACGGUUGAAGAAAAGGGGAUUGUUGAAUUGGAAAAGAAUAAAACUUACAAAAUCAGAGUUGAAUUCGGUUCUGGUCCAACAUUUACAAUCAAAUCUGAGUCGGCGGAAUAUUUCGGUGGUGGGGUGAAUUUAGGUCUUGCGAAAUGUAUUGAUGAAGAUGAAGAAAUCGCCAAAGCCGUAGAAUUAGCUAAGGGGGUUGAUAAAGUCGUCUUAUCAAUUGGAUUAAAUCUGGAAUGGGAAGCUGAAUCAUUUGAUCGUCCACAUAUGAAACUUGAAGGAUUACAAGACAAAUUAGUCGAAGCUGUUUUGGAAGCUAAUCCAAAUACCAUUAUUGUGAAUCAAUCCGGUACCCCUGUUGAAUUUCCUUGGUUAGAUAAGGCCCCAGCAUUGGUUCAUGCAUGGUAUGGUGGGAAUGAAGGUGGUAAUGCGAUUGCUGAUGUUUUGUUUGGCGAUGCUAAUCCAAGUGGGAAAUUAACUUUGAGUUUCCCUAAGAAGAAUGUUGAUAAUCCUGCAUAUCUCAAUUUCAAGACUGAAAGAGGUAGGGUUUUGUAUGGGGAAGAUAUUUUUGUUGGUUAUAGGUUUUAUGAAAAGAUGGAAAGAGAUGUUGCAUUCCCAUUUGGUUUUGGUUUGUCUUAUUCAAAGUUUGAUAUUUCCAAUUUAACCAUGUUAAUUAAUGAACCAGAAAAUAAACUUGUUGUUUCUGUUGAUGUUAAGAACGUUGGGAAGGUUGCUGGUUCGGAAGUUGUUCAAGCAUAUAUUUCUAAAUCUGAUUCUGAUGUUAUUCGUCCAGUGAAGGAACUUAAAGGGUUUGAAAAGGUUCAUUUAAGAGCUGGUGAAAAGAAGAAGGUUGAGAUUGAAUUGUCGAUCAAGAAUUCUGUUUCUUUCUGGGAUGAAUAUAUGGAUAAAUGGUCCGUUCAAGCUGGUGAGUAUAAUGUUCAUGUUGGAAAUAGUAGUGACAAUACUCCAUUGGUUGGUAAGUUUGAUCUUAAGAAGAGUUUCUUCUGGAGAGGUAAUUAG